AUGUUUCCGCAUUCAUCCGCCAAGGUCGAUUAUGUCGUCCACAUCCAACCGCCGCCAGAGACACAAGAUGCAGUAGAGACGCUGUAUGAGUCCACGAGCGAAAAGUCAGUCAACCACACUGUAUUUCCUCCACUCCGUCGAUCACCUAUUUCUCUCACUAUCGAGACCAAACGAUAUGGUGGCAACCACGCCAAAGCCAACGCGCAGGUGUGUUCAUGGCAGGCAGCCCAGUGGACUUGUCUAGCAAGCCAAGCCGGCGAGGGAAUCAAGCAUCUACCCUUCCUGCCCGGAAUCGUGGUAAACGGCCCAUCCUGGACGUUUGUUGCUACAACCAGAAACGGUGAUAAGACUACGAUUUGGACAGACGCCGCCAUGGGGUCGACUACGUCGAGCUUGGGCGUGUUGAAAAUCAUGGGAGCGUUGAAUAAACUACGGCAGUGGACUAUCAAGGUCUACUGGCCUUGGUACAAGAAGCAUGCCCUCAAAAUUGGGCAGGUAGACGGUUAA